AUGCUGGUUCUACACUACCUGGCGGUUGUAAACAACUUGUCGCCCCGUGUGUCUGCCCGUGGCGCUAGUUAUCUGUCGGAGGUGGUGGUGGACGUCUCUGCCCUGACGCGCGGCGUGCGUCUGCUCAGUGUGGAGGUGCCGCUGACAGCGGUGCCGGCCGGACCGGCUGCCUCUCCGGCGGCCGACAUUGAGCGCGGCACGUGUCCGCCGCCGUUCGGGCCGCUGCAGCUGCUGCAGUCGGCGGCGCAGCUGUCCGUCUCCGUGUCGCUGGCCGUGCCGCUGGACCUGCUGCCGCGGCCGGCGCCGGCGCGCUGCGCCUACGGCCGCCUGCUGGCCGUCGUCUCGCAGCGCGGCCUGCAGCGCAGCGGCGUGAUGCAGCUCAUCCAGCAGCUCAACGAGCCGCCCAGCCCGGCGGCGGCCGAGGGCGCCGCGCCGCGCCGGCCCGGCGACGUCAGCACACCUGGCAUCAGCGGCUUCUGCCUGGCCGACCGUCAGCUGCACCUGCUGUUCGCCGAGGGGCGCGCCGACGCCGAGCUGGAACAGACGGCGGGCCUGCUGUUUAGGGAGCGCCUGUACCCGCGCCAGCCGGCCGCGUUCCGCGUGCUCGAGGACCGCCCGCUACGCGCCCAGCUGCUCGACACCCGCCUCUACACGUUACAGAAACAGGAGCCGGCGCGCGCCGUCCGCGCCAUCAGAGAGUGCUUCCGCACGCAGUGGCUGUCGGAAAAUGAACCUGCUUCCCAACGAGGCCGGCCUGCAACAACUGCUGGCCGGCUGUUGGCCGAAAAAAACGCCUUCAACCGGAUGUCAGUUGUCAAAUCAACGCGUAUUAAUGCAUUCACUAGGAUGGGCUUACGUAAAGCUGUAGAAUUGCAAAUAUAUAAUGGCACUGUUUUUGAUCCGUUCGGUAUGCAUUGGUAUCAUAUGAUCUCUCAUUCACAGACGAUCAGCUGCGAAGACCCAGAUCCGUAGUAGAGGGCUCAUCGAGUCUGGGUCCAGCUCCCCGUACUUCCU